AUAAUGGACAGAGAUCCCUAUGAGAGACUCGUGGAUGGUGCGGCUGUGGACGAAGAUAGAUUCCCAGUCUCUGGCGGGUCGGCUUGGAUUGACGAAGAAGCUGCCGGAAAUGAGCUGAAAUUUGCGAAGUACCAACCCCAUCGUAUCAUCAUUUCCCAGCAUCGUGAUGGUACUGUGCGCUUCCAGGAUAUUAGUGCACAGAUACGUCUUAAAACAGAGUCGGCUCCGCUGGAGAGGAAUAUACCAAGUCCUCUUCCUGCAUUGACAAUUGACCCUCUUUUUGCGCUCUCUGAUCCGUCGUUGUUGACCCAUUUCCCUCCAGAAUUCUCAGCCCAAGUUAAGGUCCGCAGUGUGGUCCUUGCACCCGAGUCACUGGAAUGCUACAUCAUUUUGAGGUUGGGCGAAGUUCUGGUAUACCGAUUUGGGCCCGGAAAUAGCGACAUCCAAGCACCUCCGAUGACACUCCCUGAUGCGGAGCUGGUCUCGCUACGUCAUAUAUCAGCGCCGCUGCAACAAAAAUUCCACCCUUAUCUCCUCGUGGCUGCUAAGAAGGGACCCGUUGUAGCGUGUGCUCCGUCGGAUAUUGGAUUUUUUGCGGUUUCGUAUAUCAGCGGGUUGCUCCUCAUCGUUGACCUGCGGGGUCCGAAGAUCAUAUACAGGAGCGAUAAGGACCCAUCGACUAAGAGGAAAUCAGCCUUCCAUAGACAUUCCCAAGAAUUGGAGAGUUUCACCACAUUGACCUGGACAGUAUGUCGCAUGGCAUCUGAUCCUAUGCCCCGGGUUCGCCUCCUGGCCAUUCCCGCAUCUGGGCGCACCAGAGUCUUCUCGCUUAAUAGAGCAUCAAGCGGCUCAUGGGCCGUCGAUUUCAUGCCUAACCCUCCAGAAGCACCCUCUGAACCAAUCUUCUCCGCAUUCAUCGAUGCUUACUCCGGCGCGAGAUUCAAAGCCGACCGGUAUGGUCUGUCUCGGGCACUCGACCCUAGUACAGAGGACGCUAUAGCCGGAAAAGGUCAUAGUUACUGGAUCGUGGCAGGUGCGAAGGGCAUACGAUGCAGUUUCGACCUCGACGGGCACAAGAUUGGAAAAGCAGACUGGGGAAGCAAGAUCGGUAAGGUCGAAUGCUGUGAGAUUGUCGAAAGGAACGGAUCCCAAGCAUUCGUUGCCUUCACUGAUGGUCACGAGGCCCUAAUAUAUUCCCUACCCGCUCUUGAGCACCUCCAUACCCUGCAGCUACCACAGCAAUCCAACCUCCCUGUCUCCCCAGAUGCAUCGGGUGACUUCCUCCACCACGCAACCCACCCGUCGGCGGCGUCACUCAUAUCCCGUACGACCUACGCCACCCUCUUCGAUAUCCGGCGGGCAUAUUACCACAUCAAGCCCGAGGUAGACGUGCUCACGCGAAGCGACACGGGCAAGCGAGGGGUUAUCCCUCCCCAGCCGCAACCCGUGUCUAUGGGUCCGCCGAGCAUUAAGGACGUCGUAGGCGGGUGGUUAGGCGCGAUCGGUGCCGGACUGGGAGGAAAGCCUGUCAUGACAGGAGAGCAGAUUGAUGCUUUGUUGGCAGGACCCAACAGACCUCUUCCCAAGCCGGCGCCGGCGCCUGCACCCAAGUCACCACCUUCAACGGAUCGCGCUUCGGUUCGGACGUCCAAUACCAUGAGCAGUCGUCGAAGUCGAGGUACCUCGCGCUCGCCUAGUCCAGAUGCAUCCCAAGAAGGGUCAAGUACCACCGGAUUAUAUGACAGGCUCACUUCCGCUAUAUCUGAGCGCGGAGAGGCGCUAGGCGAUCUGGAGGAACAGUUCAAAUCAUUAGAAGAAGGUAGCAAAGGCAUGAUAGCUCAGGCUAAACGUCUAGCUACGCAGCAGACAGCCAAGUCAUGGUUCGGUCUCUAG